AUUCCAUUCUACACCACCACAAGCAUAAGCAGAGACAACACACUCACUUCCCUCUUCCUAUUUUCUAUCCAUUAAAAAAAAAAAGGUCCCUCUCUGUCUCCCUUUUGUUCACAUGCACUCGCAAUGACAAAUCCUCAUUUCAUUUAUGUUCUCCCUGUCCCGAAUGAUCUCCAAUCCAAACCAAAUCCAGCCGUUGGAUUCCCAUCAUCCCUUUAAUUUGUUGUUUUCUUCUCACUGAAUAAUAUAUCAAUGUGACUUGCGCAUAUUCUCUUGUUUUUAAUGGCGGCAAUCAACCAAGAAUCCAACGGUGAAAAUGGGGUGGUUAGCAGGAGAGAUAUUGAAGCCGCCAUGGCCAAAGCUGUGGAGCUCAGAGCUCUUCAUGCUUCGCUUUUGCAGGGGAAGUCUUCCCCUCUCUCUCGCCAUGCUACCCACUUUUCUGCUCAAGAUUACCCUGUUUUUACUCCGAGUUACGAAGAUGAAGCACUGGAAGGGUAUGGGCAAAGUCUGCCGGAAAACUGGAAGGAAUACAACUUGGACGCCAGAAACCACACUCAAACCAUCCCAUCAGAUUACAGAACUGCAAAUGCUUCUUCAAGGAAAGGCUAUAUACGCGGAGCCAACGAAGAUAACUCCAUCGUAUGUUCUCGUUCCAACAUUGCCGCCCUACCAGAAUAUUCCAAGUCCAGGAGGACCAGUUUAGGAGACAUCGAAUCCGUAUCAUCUUGCAACAAAUUCAAGCCGCCAGUCUUAGACGACGUGGACAGCCCGAUGAAGAGCAGCAGGAAGUCCAACAUCGUCGUGCCACUGACAGACUCAUACUCCUCUCUUCACCUGAACCCCAAGCACAAAGGCCUUAGCUUGUCGUGGUUGUUUCCGAAGCUAAAGAAGAAGAACUCGCCCGUGUUGUCACAGCCCGAGGAGGUAUCCCAAAUGCUCAGCGACUUGGGAGUCCUGUCGAUGGAGACGUUGAGGAGAGAGGUAAACGAGGCGCACGAGAGGAGAGACGCAGCCUUGGUUGAGGCUGCGGAGAUGAAGAAAUCACUUGGGGAACUCGGGCAGAAGCUCGAGUACUUGGAGACUUAUUGCGAGGAGAUGAAGAAGGCCUUGAGACAGGCCAAGCCUGCUGAGAAAGAGAAACUCGUGACGAUUCCAAACACAGAGAGUGCAAUGCCGGUGAGUGGAGAAGUGAUGGUGGAGGGGUUCUUGCAGAUGGUGUCCGAGGCGAGGCUCUCGGUCAAGCAGUUCUGCAAGACCCUCCUUGCGCAGAUUGAAGAAACAGAUCACACUCUGCUCGAAAGUCUAAACUCGAAGCUCUCGCAAAAUGCGAAAUACUCCAAAGCAGUUGUGUACCAUUUGGAGGCGAUCAUCAACCUGUCCAUGUACCAGGACUUCGAGAACUGUGUGUUCCAGAAAAACGGAGCCCCAAAGCUCCUGGACCGACAGCAGGAAUGCCAGGCGCGUUUCCAGCUCUUCGUGGCGCUGCGAAACUUGAGCUGGAAUGAAGUUUUGAGGAAAGGAACCAAGUAUUACAGUGACGAGUUCAGUCGAUUCUGUGAUCAGAAGAUGAGCGGAAUCAUCGUGGCGUUGGGGUGGAUGAGGCCGUGGCCGGAGCAGCUCCUUCAGGCGUUCUUCGUAGCUGCCAAGUGCAUCUGGCUGCUCCAUCUGCUUGCGUUCUCAUUCAAUCCGGCGGUGGGGAUUCUGAGAGUGGAGGAGAAUAAGGCGUUCGAGGCGCGGUUCAUGGAAGAUGUUUUCGGGAGUAAGCAGCGGGCGAGUAGGGUGAAGAUGAUGGUGAUGCCGGGGUUCUAUAUGCAUCAUCAACAAGUGCUUAGAUGUAAGGUUCUUUGUACAUAUAAACCAGUUGUUUGAUUAUAAGUUGCUCAUGUCCUAUUUUUCUUUUUGAUUUCUUCUUUUUUCCCUUGUAUUGUUUUGGAAUAAGUUUUCCCAGUGGUUGGUUAAACUUGGCUCAGACCAAAAUCUGCAAUACUAAGCUCUGUUUUCUGCU